GCCUCUGCAUCAAACUUGUAACUUACUAACCCUUUUCACGGUAAUUUCUUUAGUUGGCCUAUGGUCCUGGACAGUGCCAGAUGUUUUCCGCAAACUCAAGAGCAAGAGAGGCAGCAGACGGAGAGGCUAGGCAGCCUCUGCUGAAUGCUUCACACGAGGAUGUUUCAGCGGAUACAAACCAAGUUGCCUUUUCAGUGGACGACGAGGACUCAGAAAGCAGUAGUGGAGAGCCCUGGUCGGCAGUGCGGAGGACAGAACGGGGUGUCAGAUUUCGGGAUGAAGUGCACACCUUUACGGUCCACAAUACAGAGCCGGGAGGUGGUGCCUGUACAGAAUAUGAAUUGGACUCGGACGACUUUGAUGAUGCUUCACUAGCUGAUAUCCAAUGCAAACAAAGGCACUCUCGUGGGGCUCCACGACGAGAACACACCAUGCCUUUACUGGUUGGCCUCAUGGAUGCUUCGGCUGCAAGGAGAACGCCAGACACAGUUAUUCCUAUGUAUGAAACAGAUAGUAUGGAGAAUGGAGAACUUAGGAACGUAGACCUCGAUGACCUUGCUAAAAAAACAGUGGAAUUAUUGGUUGGUCAGGAUGCAAUUUCAGCAACAGAUUUGGCUAAUACUGCGGUAGGUUUACCAUAUGCAGUCAAUCAAGCAGGCUUCUUUCUUGGCAUUGUUCUCCUGGUCGUCAUUUGUGCUGUCACCGAUUGGACUAUCCGAUUGGUUGUCAUCAACGCUAAACUAAGCAGCAGAACCUCUUACAUCGAAGUCAUGAACAGUCGUUUUGGUCCCAGUGGUCGUGCAGCCGUUUCAUUCUUUCAGUUCUCAUUUGCUUUUUGUGGCAUGUAUGCAUUGGCAACCAGUCAGAUGCUGGAUGGGCUUGCUGCUACGGGGCAACUCGCCGAAUGGUCAGCCUUUCCGCCUUCUCUACAUCCUUUCACUAGUACUAUCAUGGCAUGGAAUGCCUAUGAGCGAGGCCUGGGGGAGGAUCGGGGAUGA